UUCUACGCACAACACGGAGGCUGAGCCAGUUGCCGGGGCGCUGUUCUGAAGGAAACAAGACCUUUAAGUCAGCAUUUUCAAGAUACCAUUUUUAUUUUUUGGAGGGAAUAUGUUGAAGUGCGGAUCGUUGUUGUUGGUGCUCCUGGGGGUCGGGUGGGUCAGCGCCCAGUUCCCCCGGGAGUGCGUCACCCCCGACGGGCUGAGGAGCGCCGAGUGCUGCCCGUCGCCCCUGGGUCUCCCUAACGACCAGUGCGGCUCUAGCUCGGGACGCGGACAGUGCGUGGCGUUGACGGUGGACUCGCGCGCCCACGGGCCGCAGUACCCCCACGACGGCCGGGACGACCGGGAGCGGUGGCCGGUGCGCUUCUUCGCGCGCUCAUGCCAGUGCAACGGGAACUUUAGCGGCUAUAACUGCGGGCGGUGCCGGCACGGCCUGACAGGGGUGAACUGCGACCAGGCGGUGUCUGUGGUGAGACGCAACGUGAUGCUGCUCAGCGCGGCGGAGAAGAGCGCGUUCGUGAGCGCGCUGGACCAGGCCAAGCGCACCGUGCACCCCGACCUCGUGAUCGCCACGCGCCGCUAUGAGGAGAUCUUCGGGCCCGACGAGAACACCGUGCAGUUCGAGAACGUGACCAUCUACAACUUCUUCGUGUGGAGCCACUACUACUCCGUGAGCAAGACCUUCCUGGGCGCGGGCCAGGCCAGCUUCGGCGGGGUGGACUUCUCGCACGAGGGGCCCGGGUUCGUGACGUGGCACAGGUACCACCUGAUCCAGCUCGAGAGAGACAUGCAGGACAUGCUGCAGGACCCAAGCUUUGCGCUGCCCUACUGGAACUUCGCCAUCGGGGGCAGCACCUGCGACAUCUGCACCGACGACCUGAUGGGCGCCCGCAACAGCUUCGACAUCAACGCCCUGAGCUCCAACUCCAUCUUCGCCCAGUGGAGGGUGAUGUGUGAGAGUGUGGAGGACUACGACACCUUUGGCACCAUCUGCAACAGCUCAGAGACCUCGCCCAUCCAGAGGAACCCGGCAGGGAACGUGAACCGGCCCAUGGUGCAGCGACUCCCCGAGCCCCAGGACGUGGCCGACUGCCUGCAGGUCAACGCCUUCGACACACCCCCCUACUACUCCACCUCCUCCGAGAGCUUCCGCAACACCAUCGAAGGCUACAGCGCCCCCCAGGGGAACUACGACCCCGCCGUCCGCAGCCUGCACAACCUGGCCCAUCUGUUCCUGAACGGCACCGGCGGCCAGACCCACCUCUCCCCCAACGACCCCAUCUUCGUCCUGCUCCACACCUACACCGACGCCAUCUUCGACGAGUGGCUGAGGAGACACGGCCCCGAACAGGCCAUCUAUCCGGACGAGAACGCCCCCAUCGGCCACAACAAGGGCUACAACAUGGUUCCCUUCUGGCCCCCGGUCACCAACAAUGAGAUGUUCCUCACCGCACCGGAGAACCUCGGCUACUCCUACGACGCCGUGUGGCCAGCCGCGCCCUUCACCAUGACGGAGAUCAUCAUCAUCGUCAUCGUGGCCUCCCUCCUCCUCGUCGCUAUCGUCUUCGCCGCCGCCACCUGCGCCCUCCGCAGCAAGUCCAGCGGGAUGGACGGCCGCCAGCCCCUGCUCGGAGAGCAGUACCAGCGCUACGACGACGAGAAGAGCCAGUCCGUGGUCUAGGUCCCGCCCCCAUGGUCCUUCUAGACCAAUCGGUGGGCUAGUAGAGCGCCUGAGUGGUCUCUGUAGACCUAGCGCUGGUCUGGAACACGGCGGGUUUUCUUUAAAGGACAUGCAGCUAUAAACGUGUGUGUCAUUUGUUCAGGUGUCUACGAACACACACAUUGUGCGAGCAAGGGUAUGGAAUAAUGACGCGUCAUUUGAAACAGUGGGAUGCGUGUAACUUAUCAAAAUGACACACUUAAAUACAAUAUGCAGGGUAGUAGAAACCUUUGUUGAAGAAGAAGGAAUAUAGAGGUGAAAGACGUCCGCAGAAUUGUUAACUGAUCCAAUAGGCCGGUUGGUAGCUUAGUGGUAAACUGAGCAAUACAUAUGUUUAUUUAUUUAAGUAAAAGUAAUUUGAUUUUGAAAAUAAAGUAAGGACAGGACACCUAUAUGAUUGUGAUUCAUCAAAUGCAAGGCUUCAACAAUCAGAUAAUGGUUCUGAUAUUUUAUAAAGUAAAUGAACAUGAAUCGAAUGAAUGAAUAUCAAAAAAAGUGUGCUUUUCACGUUAUAGGAGUUUUGAAUACAAAUGAAUAGACAACCGCUCAAAUGUAAUUCCCACAGUGAUCAGUGUUGCUGUAUUGUUGCCAUUUUUGUGUAAAGUUGUUUAUGUUUUUGUAUGUCUCUAAAUAAAUAACGGUGGUGAGGUCAAUACAAUCUGUUACACUUUACUGUAACCCUAAACCUAAGAAAAACUUGAAAUAGAAUGAGGUAAUACAUAGGUCAACAUAUCGUACCAUCUCAAAGCAAACAUUACAUCGUGAAAUAGCAUUAUGUAAGGCUCUGUUAGACACCAUCUUGCUGGAGGUUUUGUUGUCCACAUGGGGGUGCCAUUGUGCAACCUCAGAAACAGAAAGGCAUCGAUUGAGAGGCGUCACAGGUGAAAUAAAGAAAU